AUGUCAAUUUCUACGACCUUAUCACCUCAUCAAUCGAUGAAGGGCUUCUCAGCAACGGUAUCAACAUGUGGAUCCGAACAUCUUCGCUCAAAUCUCUUCUGCACAUCGAAAUUCAAUAAGGUUAAGCUUGUAGAUGAUCUGCUUGGUAUCAGCGAUCUACCCGUGAGUGAAUUGAUGAAGCAACAUAUUACCUCGUUGAAAGUCAGCGACGAAUCUGAUUUGGAAGCCGAGAAUGCCUUUUUCGUUGCUGAUUUGGGUGAAGUUUACCGUCAGCAUCUGCGCUGGAAAACUCGUUUACCACGUGUUGAACCGUUUUAUGCUGUUAAAUGUAAUCCGGACUCCAUGAUGCUGAAACUCCUUGCCGCGUUAGGAGUGGGGUUCGACUGCGCUAGCAAAUUGGAAAUACAGACUAUCCUCAGCAUGGGCGUAGACCCAGGCAGGAUUAUUUAUGCAAAUCCAUGCAAACAAGCAUCAUUCAUUCGUUAUGCCGCGCAGAAGGAAGUUAGAAUGAUGACUUUCGAUAAUGUGGAUGAACUGCAUAAGAUAAAACAGCAUUUCCCAAGUGCACAACUAGUAUUGAGAAUACUAGCAGACGAUUCUAAAUCGUUGUGCAGGUUGGGGCUGAAGUUUGGGGCAUCCUUGGAAUCUGUUGAUCAACUACUGCAAACUGCACAAAAUCUUGAGCUAGAUGUCAUUGGUGUCAGCUUCCACGUAGGUAGUGGCUGCUACGACGAAGAAGUUUACGCAGAUGCAGUUUGGCGUGCGCGCGUCGUUUUUGACAAAGCAGCACGCUACAACUUUAACUUCAGUCUCCUCGACGUUGGUGGCGGUUUCUCUCACUUGCAUAACGGUGAUGGUAUUACAUUCGAAAAAAUCGCCAAUGUACUCGAUACAGCGUUAAAGAACUAUUUCCCGGAAGAUAUACGCAUUAUUGCUGAGCCUGGAAGGUAUUAUGCUGCGCCGGCCUAUACUAUUGCUACACAAAUUAUUGCUAGAAGACCUGUUCUGAGAAAUCAGGAAGCAGGAGAAAAUGAUUUCGUGGACAGUGAACAGAAGCUAGCGGGAGAUGAACAGUCUUUCAUGUAUUAUAUUAAUGAUGGUGUGUAUGGGGCAUUCAACUGCAUCCUUUUUGAUCAUCAGAUUGUUCAUCCAAAAGUCCUUAUUAAGGACGAUAUAUUUUACUUUGAUACUACCAUGACUGGUGAGUCAGAGUAUUCGAGCAGUGUCUGGGGUCCAACUUGCGACUCUAUCGAUUGUGUCAACAAGGAUUCUAGGCUUCCUGAAUUAUUUCCAGGGGAUUGGCUCUAUUUUGAAGAGAUGGGUGCAUAUACUAUAUCUGCAGCAUCCCAAUUUAAUGGGUUUAUGAAAAGUAAUGUCCUUUAUACAUCUACAGAGAAUAAGGUGUUUGAAUAUAUUUGA